AAGUCGGAACUCCAUACCGAACGCACGUACGCCUGUCGCAUACAAAAAAAAAACAGAAAAACCGCGUUCAUUAUAAAUACGUUCGUUUAGUUGUGUGUUGUGUGAACAUCUAUAACGGAGCAAUGCAUCUAAGUUCAGUCCAGUUCGCGUGGGCCGCACUGGUAGCGCUGGCGGUGAGCGCGGCGGGAGCUCUGCCCUCGUCGGCGCCGCACCACGUGGAGCGUCGCUCCUUCUUCACCCUCGAGUGCAAGGGGGUCUUCGAUGCGGCAAUAUUCGCGCGUCUCGACAGAAUCUGCGACGACUGUUUCAAUCUCUUCAGGGAGCCUCAACUGUAUACACUUUGCAGGAAAGACUGUUUCACGACAGAUUACUUCAAGGGUUGCGUGGAGGUGCUACGCGAGACUGACCAAUUAGACUUAUUCAAGAAAUAUAUAAAACAAAUACACGGGGCUGACCCGGGGAUUUAGGUACAUUAUGGUUUUGAUAAUUAUCUUUCCUAUGCACUACUUAACUCCACUUUCUAAGCUUAACGAUUUAACAGCACGCUGGUAUCUUAUUGAUUUUUCUAACACUAUUUUUCGGCACUUAACAAAUCAGGUAUGUAUUGGCAGCACUUUUCUAUUCUGGCAACACAAAAUGAUACAUUUAAAAAAAGUUCAACAUUAUCGAUUGUAACAGAUAAAUGAUAACUAUCUAGUAAUUUGAACAAUUUGUAAAGAGAAAUAUCAAUAUUUUUAAAGAUAUGCUAUAACACUGGCGCCAUUGUGACAGUGUCAAAUAGAUAUGAAAUUUUAUCUUUGGAAAGACCGGAUUUUCAAUAUUUAUAUGUUUUAUUUUCUAGCAUAUCACAUUAUUUCCUAAAAUACAUUUAUAACUAAAUAUAGUUUUAGAUUGUUCUUAAAAAAAGAAUUGUUAAUUUAAAGUUCAUAUAUUGAAUGUAUUUCCAUAUGUGUAUUGUUAUUUUUUUGAGAAGUUUUGUAGUUAUUUUAUUGAAAACUUUAGUCAAUACAAAUUUAAGUUAGUAAAUGUAUAGGUAUGUAUUGAAACUAAUAAUCGCAUGUUCUUACAGUAUGUAAUCCGCAAAUGAUUUUCAGACAACUUUAUAUUUUAUUCAUACUUUUUCUAUUUUGUCUGAUGCAUGUUAUCUGAUAUUUUCCGAUCUUCAAAAUUAUUUCUUUUACAUUUAUUUUUAGAUUUAUCUAGUCAUUAAUGAUCGAUAGUAGUCUAACUUGAUCGUCAGUAACAUGAUUUAUUGUUUCCUGAAUUUCGCCUACAAACAACUUUAUUUUCUCUUCAAUCUAUCCGCUUAUUUACCCUUUUCAAAAUUGAACUAUUAUUAAUGGAAAUAAAGUCUUAUUUUGUAUAAUUAAUUUCACAGGGCGGAAUGCUUUACAACACCCUACUUCAAGGGAUGCAUGGAGUCUUUGUACCUCUACGACGAGAAAGAACAGAUAGAUCAAAUGAUCGACUUCGUCGGCAAACGCUAACGCACACAGCCAAAAUUUUCGCGCCAACAGUCAACUGUCAAAAAAUUUGACAUAUAACCCGACCGCGUUCAAAAACCCGGUAGCCAUUAAACAAAAAACGCAACGGUAUACACAACUUCACCGCUUUGCAUAAAGCAGAGACGAAUAAAAAAUGCCAAGUUACAAUUUUGACGUCUGCUUUCUAUCCUCAACGUAUUCUAGUCUAUAUGCGACGUAAAUUUAAUUAUAUUUACGUACGCAACUAAUUGUAAUGUUAUCGUAAGUAUUGUAUAGGACAUAUUAUGUAUUUUAUUAAUAUUAUGUGUUAUUAAGUGUUGUAAGCUUUUUGAGGGAGUAUAAAGUACAUUCAAGGUCACCUCCUAGGUAUUACUAAAAUAAAUAAAACUAAACAAUUUGAGACAGUCACAUUCUGGUUUCGAUGCUGGUCAUCCUCUUAAAUCUGUCUCGUUAAAAUUCCGACUGAGAUUUUUCACAAUUUUUUUUUAUAUUAUAAUAAUUGAAACGCAUUCCAAACGCAGUAUUUUAAAUUAUUAGUGUAUUUUUGACAAUUUCAUUUGUUAGGCACAGUCUCUUUUGGUAUUCAUGUAAAAACCUUUAACCUUGUAGUUUAAUUAAUUUAAAAUUCACUCAAGUGGCUUGUAUUAAUGACUGUUAGUUACGUUAAUCGCCUUUAUUAGUUUAAAACACAUUACAUCUUAUUUAAUUUCAUUUUACGUUGUGAACGUUCGACAUCUUGCUUCCUUUCGAGGGCAUAGACAAUCAAUCAUGUUAAAUUUACAUAAUCGAUCUUGACCGACGUCGACUCAAAAACGAUACCAGUGACGUCCUGUGUAACAUCUACAUGCUUGAUCGGUCUAAGAUCGAUUGAAUUUAUUACACACAAAAAUAAAUUAGAUACUAAGUAUUUUAAAAAAAAAAAGAUUUAUUUUUAUAUACUUUCAAACUAUCAUAUUGUUACUCUUUUAUUUAUUCGUAUUUUUAUGUAAUUGAGGGUUCCAAUGUGUACCCAGUCUGUAAUGUAUUUCUCUUUUUACAUAUAAGUUGCGGUUUAUACUUACUUUGAAGUGUAUUUUAGUUCACAAUCUUCCUUCUCUGUUUUAGAAUCUCAUAAAUUUAAUUUUGUUUUUUUUAUUAUUUUAUUUUCAUCUAGCGUUUCUUAAUUUGAAUAAACUAUGUCGCAAUCUUUGGUUCAUGGAUCAUCAAGCCAUAUCCGUGGCCGAUUUAUCGAAUAUAAAAAAAAAUGUAUUAAAAACGGUGCCAAUGUGUCCAGACACUAGUUAGUUAGUAUAAUUAUUAUGUAAUCACAAAAAUGUUACUUGUAUAUUGAAAUUUAUUAAUUGUAUUCAAAAGAAAUUGUAUUUAAAAUGUAUAUUUAAUGUAGAUGAAAAUUUUUGUAUUUGACUUGAUUGAAUUGAAAAAAUUGAAAAAAAAAUUAAUAAUAAUAAUCAACCAACAAGAAACGCUACGGGUUCUAUUGAAAUAUAUACGUAAUUCCUUUGAAAAA